AUGUUGUCCGAUUUUUUAUGCCCAGUCCCGUGUUACACUUUUCAAAGAAAGCGUGACUUCUCAAAAAUGGGCUUGAAUCGAAAACCGAAAAAUCCGCCUGAGUCAUCAUCUUUGCCGCUUUUGCAAAUAAAAGAGAAAGAGAAACAGGGGAAUGGUGAGAAAGUCGAAGAAUCGCCGGAUCUUCAAGCGCAGAGGGCAUCGUUGACACAAUUGUAUCGCUAUGCGAGCACUUUGGACAUUUUUAUGGUGAUAUUGGGAUGUCUCGUGGCAGUCAUCACCGGUCUCGGAUUCCCUUUUCUCUCCAUUAUCAUCGGUGAUGCCUCUGAAACGUUCAUCAACUUGGAAACGGCAAGAUUGCUCCAUUUCCUUGGGUUGGCCAGUGAAAGCGAUUGGAUGGCGGCGAGGGAAAUUUUCAAAAGCGAUAUUAUCAAGGCUUGCAUCAAAUAUGCAGCAGUUGGUGUCGUUCUGAUGCUUUCGUCGUUCAUUCAAGUCACUUGUUUUAUGGUCACUUGUGAGAACAUCACAAAUCGAAUGAGGAGAGCUUUCUUCAAGGCAGUCAUGCGACAGGAUAUCUCAUGGUUUGAUCGAAACCAAUCGGGCACUUUGGCUACAAAACUCUUCGAUUCCAUGGAACGUGUUCGUGAGGGUCUUGGGGACAAAAUGGGUUUAAUGGUGCAAUUCACAGCUCAAUUCUUUGGUGGCUUGGCGAUAGCCAUGACGUAUAAUUGGAAAUUGACUUUGAUCAUGAUGUCACUCUCACCGGUUCUCAUCAUUUGUGGAGCUUUCAUGGCCAAGCUCAUGGCCUCAGCAACAGCUGAAGAGAUCAAGAAAUACUCAGUGGCGGGACAAAUCGCUGAAGAAGUUCUUACCUCAAUCCGAACCGUUUUUGCCUUCAAUGGUCAAGAAGGUGAAUGCAAGAAAUACGACAAUGCUCUAGAAGCCGGAAAACGCGAUGGAUACAAGAAAUCGGUGUACAUCGGUGUUGGACUGACCAUCACUUUUGUCGUUCUCUUCUCCUCAUACUGCUUGGCGUUCUGGGUUGGAACCGAUUAUAUUUAUUGGGGAAUGGCCAGUUCAUCGACUGUUUUAACGGUGUUCUUCUCAGUGAUGAUGGGAUCAAUGGCGAUGGGCCAAGCAGGGCAACAGUUUGCUGUCUUUGGAGUAGCCCUCGGAGCUGCUGGUGUUAUCAUUCAGAUCAUCGAUCGUGAACCAGAAAUCGACUCUUAUUCAACAGAGGGUAAAAAGUUGGAUGUCGUGAAAGGAGAGGUGAAAAUCGAGAACCUGCACUUCACCUAUCCAACGAGAAAAGAUGUGCCAAUAUUGAAGGGAAUUUCUUUGACUUGUCAGCCUGGUGAAACGGUGGCUCUGGUUGGGUCUUCGGGAUGCGGAAAGUCAACAAUCGUUCAGCUCUUGCUUCGCUACUACAAUCCGAACAGUGGAAAGAUUACAAUUGAUGGAGUGCCACUGGAAGAGUUAAACAUCGAAUUUGCUAGGAGAAUGAUCGCAGUGGUUAGCCAGGAGCCUAUUCUUUUCAACACCACAAUUAUUGAGAAUCUUCGCUACGGUAACCCAGAAGCAACGGAUGCCGAUAUUCAGGAGGCGCUGCGAAAGGCCAACGCUCUGAACUUUAUCAACUCUUUUCCACAAGGCUUAAAUACAAUAGUUGGUGAUCGAGGCUCUCAAAUGUCUGGCGGGCAAAAGCAGCGAAUCGCCAUUGCGAGAGCUCUGUUAAGAGAUCCCCGAAUUCUUCUCCUCGAUGAAGCCACCUCAGCUCUAGAUGCUGAAAGUGAAAACUUGGUGCAAAAAGCGCUUGAAAAUGCGUCGAUUGGUCGCACCACGAUUGUCAUCGCACAUAGAUUGUCGACUGUUCGAAAUGCCGACAAAAUUAUUGCUCUAAAAGAUGGACAAGUGAUUGAAGUGGGAACUCAUGAUGUAUUGUUGGCCAAGAAGGGAUUGUACCAUGAACUCGUCAAUGCUCAAGUCUUCGCUGACGUCGAAGAGAAAGGAGGAAAAGUGGCGUCACCGCGACGAGCUUCACGUCAAAUCUCAAGACAAUUCUCCCGUGGAUCGACAGUCAAAAGUGACAAUUUGGAGUUCGAAGAAGAGACAGAAAAGAAAAUGGAGAAAAAAGAAUCAGACAUCGAGAGAUUGAAGAGAGAAACACAAGAAGAAGGAGCUCAAGAACAAAGUCUCUUCAAAAUUCUCAAAUACGCUCGUCCGGAGUGGUGGCUGUUGUUGGUCGGAACAUUUGCUUGCCUCAUCCAAGGAGCCGUUUUCCCAGUCUUUUCCCUAUUCUUUACUCAGCUUAUGCAGGUAUUCGCUGAGCCAGACCGGGAGAAGAUGCGUGAACAAGGACAUCUGUGGUCAUUGGGAUUUCUUGUUUUGGCAGCAAUUCAGGGAACAACAAUGCUUCUGCAAGCUACUUUCUAUGGGAUUGCCGCUGAACGGCUCACAAUGAGGCUUCGAUCAAAAGUGUUUCGAAAUGUUGUUCGACAAGAUGGAGCCUAUUUCGAUCAUCCACUUCACGAUGCCGGCAAGAUAUCCACUAGAUUGGCAACUGAUGCGCCGAAUGUGAAAGCGGCCAUUGAUUACCGCUUGGGUUCGGUUUUUAAUGCUGCUGUCUCACUUAUCGUUGGAAUUGUGAUAGCUUUUUACUACGGAUGGCAAAUGGCGUUAGCAAUGCUUGCCCUAAUGCCAAUUCUUGGUGUUGGUCAAACGCUUCACAUGCGAAUGUUCCAGAACAAGAAUGCCUCUCUUGCAAAGGAUCUUGAAGCAUCUGGAAAAAUCGCAAUGGAAGCCGUAGAGAACAUUAGAACCGUGCAAGCGCUAACGUUGGAAAAAGUUCUGCACAAGAAUUUCUGCGCUUUCCUUGACGGACCACACAGAACAAGCACGAAUCGAGCUAUUAUGCAGGGAAUGGUUUCCGCACUUGCUAACUCAUUGAUGUUCUUCAUUUUCGCCGCUGAGUUCGGUUUUGGAGGCUGGUUGAUCAUGGAGGAGCAUGUGUCAAAUCCGAUUAGUGUCAUGAGAGUGAUGAUGGCCAUCCAGUUCUCAUCCUCUUCGAUCGGUUUAGCAUCCGCGUAUUUUCCCGAGUACGCAAAAGCCAAAUUCGCAGCCGGUCUAAUUUUCAAAAUGCUCGAAGAAAAGCCACAAAUUGAUAAUCUCAGCACUGGAGGAAAAAUGACACCAAUAAGCGGAGCAAUUGUGCUGAAAGACGUUCAUUUUUGCUAUCCUCAGCGACCGGAGGUUCAAGUGUUGAAAGGCCUUUCCCUGAAAGUGAAUCCCGGUGAAACGCUUGCUUUGGUUGGUUCAUCAGGAUGCGGGAAGAGUACCGUGGUUCAACUGUUAGAGCGUUUCUACGAUCCGACGAUGGGAACUUUGGAAGUUGACAAUGAAGACAUCCGCCAACUGAAUCCCCUUCAUCUCCGAAAACACAUGGCUCUCGUCUCUCAAGAACCGAUUCUUUUCGAUUGCUCGAUCAAGGAAAAUAUUGUCUACGGACUUCCAAAAGAUUCCAUUCCUGACACAGAAAUUGUGGAAGCUGCUCGAAAAGCUAACAUUCACAAGUUCAUUAGUGAACUGCCAGAUGGUUAUGAAACUCGAGUCGGUGAUAAAGGAACUCAGCUUUCUGGAGGUCAAAAGCAACGAGUUGCCAUUGCAAGAGCGCUUAUCAGGAAUCCGAAGAUUCUCCUACUUGAUGAAGCAACAAGUGCCCUGGAUACUGAGAGUGAAAAGUUAGUUCAAGAAGCAUUGGAUAAGGCUUCGGAGGGUCGAACUUGUAUUGUGAUCGCUCACAGAUUAUCAACAAUUGUGAAAGCGAAUCGUAUCUUGGUGGUCAGCGGGGGAACAGUGAUUGAACAAGGUAGUCACGAAGAGUUGAUGGCUCAGCGUGGCUCCUAUUUCGAACUCACCCAAAAGCAGCAGACCAAGCAGAAUGCUGAAGCAGAUUCU